AUGGCGCAACUUCUUCGUGCUGCAGCCAAUGGCGACCUCGAUAAAGUGAUCGACCUCCGCAGCAACUGGGGGUUCCAGAACAAGAAGGGCGAGUCAGUAUUGCACGUGGCUGUGGCCGAAGACCAUCUGGAGAUCGUGCAGUAUCUCGUGGCCAAUGGUGCGAUGCUCAACCUGCAGGACAAGAAGCACCGGUUUACGCCGCUCAUGCUGGCGCUGGCCCAGCAACCUCCAACCUUUAAGGAAAUCAUCCAGGCCCUGCUCAAGGGCAAACCAGACUUGAACGUGCAAAACUCGUCGGGUCAGACGGUUGUACAUCUGGCAGCAGAGUACGGAGAGGCGGAGAUUCUGAAGCUGCUGCUGCUGCUGGGAGGGAAAGCCAACGUGGAUGCAGCGGGCAGCAAGAAAAUGACUGCACUCCAUGUCGCGGUUGGAAAAGGGAACCUCGAGGUCGUUCAGCUACUGCUUGAAACGGGUCGUGCAAACGUGAACGUUGUGGAUGGCAAGGGCAACACACCACUGCACUGGGCGUGUAUCAAGACUUGUGACGACCAGCUCGAGUUGAUCAGCUACUUGAUCUCGAAGGGUGCAAAGCCUCUCAAGAACGGACAUGGAAUCACGCCUCUGCACGCAGAAGCGAUGCACUGUGACCCGACUGCGAAUUGGCCUACUGCAGCUGCAGAGGCACUGACAUCUGCGUUCCCGGAUCUGGAAGCUGAGGUCAGCGACAGAGGGUUGACUGCUCGGCAGACUUUCGAGCAGGGUAUUGACUCAGAAGAGCCGGUAAAGCCGUCGCUGGCGAAAUCGUCAGUUGAGGAACAACGUCAAGGACGCCGCGGCAAAGGUGACGAUGAUGAGAAGUACCAGGGUGGUGCUGCUGCAGCACGAGCAGCCGCUAUUGCUCACUCCAAGAAAAAGAAGAUCCCGAAGCCUAGCGACGAAGGCAGCAGCAUGGCUCCGUACAUGUGGAUUGCUUUGGUCUUCGCCAUACUGGCGGUCUUGAACGCCGUGUUUUCGUCGUACUCGUAA